GAAGAUGGGAACAUCGAGUACAAGCUGAAGCUGGUGAAUCCCUCGCAAUACCGCUUCGAGCACCUGGUGACGCAGAUGAAGUGGCGACUGCAGGAGGGCCGAGGGGAGGCCGUGUACCAGAUCGGCGUGGAGGACAACGGGCUGCUGGUGGGCCUGUCGGAGGAGGAGAUGCGCGCCUCGCUCAAGACACUGCGCCGCAUGGCGGAGAAGGUUGGAGCUGACAUCACGGUGCUGCGGGAGAGGGAGGUCGACUACGACAGCGACGUCCCGAGGAAGAUAACGGAGGUGCUUGUCCGAAAAGUGCCUGACAACCAGCAGUUCUUAGACCUGCGAGUAGCUGUGCUGGGGAACGUGGACUCGGGGAAGUCAACCCUGUUGGGUGUCCUAACACAAGGAGAGCUGGACAACGGGCGGGGCAGAGCACGCCUCAACCUCUUCCGGCAUCUCCAUGAAAUCCAGUCCGGAAGGACAUCGAGCAUCAGCUUUGAGAUCCUUGGCUUCAACAGCAAAGGAGAGGUGGUAAAUUAUAGUGACUCCCGAACAGCAGAAGAAAUCUGUGAGAGUUCUUCCAAAAUGAUCACUUUCAUUGACCUGGCUGGCCACCACAAGUAUCUGAAAACAACCAUCUUUGGCCUCACCAGCUACUGCCCGGACUUCGCUAUGUUGGUGGUUAGCGCCAACACUGGCAUUGCAGGCACAACACGAGAGCACUUGGGCUUAGCCAUGGCCCUCAAGGUCCCCUUCUUCAUUGUCAUCAGCAAAGUUGAUUUGUGUUCAAAAGCCACUGUGGAACGGACGGUGAAGCAGCUGGAGCGAAUCCUGAAGCAGCCAGGCUGCAACAAACUCCCCCUGCUUGUGAACUCAGAUGAUGAUGCUGUCACAGCAGCACAGCAGUUUGCACAGUCUCCCAACAUCACCCCAAUCUUCACCCUGUCCAGUGUUUCUGGGGAGAACCUGGAUCUGUUAAAAGUCUUCCUCAACAUCCUCCCUCCACUGACCAACAGUAAAGAGCAGGAAGAAUUAAUGCAGCAACUCACAGAGUUUCAGGUUGAUGAAAUUUACACUGUGCCAGAGGUGGGGACUGUUGUGGGAGGAACUCUAUCGAGCGGGAUCUGCCGAGAAGGGGAGAGCCUGGUGGUCGGUCCCACUGACGAUGGGAAGUUCCUGCGGCUGAAGGUGUGCAGCAUCCAGCGCAACCGCUCGGCCUGCCGCGUGCUGCGGGCUGGGCAGGCGGCCACCCUGGCCCUCGGGCCCUUCGACCGCUCCCUGCUGCGCAAGGGCAUGGUCAUGGUGAGCCCAGAAAUGAAUCCCACCAUCUGCUCAGUGUUUGAAGCCGAGAUAGUGCUGCUGUUCCAUGCCACGACUUUCCGGAAGGGGUUUCAGGUGACGGUGCACGUGGGGAAUGUGCGACAGACUGCUAUUGUAGAGAAGAUCCAUGGAAAGGACAAGCUGCGGACAGGGGAGAAGGCAGUCGUCCGUUUCAGGUUCAUCAAGCACCCUGAGUACUUGAAGGUUGGAGCCAAGCUGCUUUUCCGUGAAGGAGUCACCAAAGGCAUUGGACAUGUCACUGACCUCCAAGCUAUCACCACCAAAGACAAUGGCCUGGAGGACUCCCUGGGGCCUGGACAGCUGAGCUUCUGA